CAGUCUUUGAAUCAGGGAGUCGUAGAAUCUACGACUCCCUGCUUUGAAUCUUUCGAGAAUCGGGAUCAUCCACACACGUACUGUACUACAGUGGUACUAUGCGUGCAGUUGAAUGUCGAAUGAAGUAGACGCCUCGCAUUUGAAUGAAUUAUUUUUAUUUUCUGCUGAAAGGAGGGAUCGGGAAUAGAAGCCUUGGUUCGGAGAGAGUCGUCGGGCUCAGGAGUGCGGCAGUAAACGACUCGUGGUUCUUCAAGAUCCUGCACCUGUCGAAUCAGUGACCCUGAUGUCAGUAAAUAAUUUUACUUCAGAAACAAUUUACAAAACGACUACAUUGUAUUGAUGGGCAAGUAAUUCACAUCUUCAGCUAUAUUAGUGGCACUGCACCAAGUCAAGAUGUUUCAGUGACGUCUUCAAACCGUGUCUGUAGCACGUGGGGUCGGCUAGAACUCACCUCAUGCUCAGUUUAGAUUUAACUUCUAACAAACAUUCGUCACCCACCCACCAGUAUCAGGUAUCAGGCACCACCACCACCAUUGCAAGCAUAAUAGUGUGUCACUUGUCUUUUUUAUCGCAUUAUCACAAUUCCCGUAGUGCUAGUACUUGCAUAUCGUAGUGUUGACAAGAUGGCCACCGCGUCACAGUUGCUGAAUUCCGUCGACGGAGCGGUGGACGACAGCCUGUCGGGCCUGGUCGCCGCCCAGCCGAGCCUGGCCCUGGUGGACGGGCAUCGGCGCGUCGUCGUCAGGUCGGACGUGAGCGACGUUGUGUCGCGCGGCCGCGUGACGCUGGUCAGCGGCGGCGGCAGCGGCCACGAGCCGAGUCACGGCGGCUUGGUCGGACGCGGCAUGUUGACGGCGGCGGUGGCCGGCAGCGUGUUUGCCUCGCCGCCGAGCAGCGCCAUCCUGGCCGCCAUACUGGCCGUGGCGGGCCGCGGCGGAGUGCUGGUCAUCAUCAAGAACUACACCGGCGACCGGCUGCACUUCGGCCUGGCCGUGGAGAGAGCCAAGGGCAUGGGCCAUGACGUCAGGCUGGUGGUGAUGGCCGACGAUAUGGCCUUCGACACCGACGAGAAUACGGCCGGUCGCCGCGGCCUGGCCGGUGCCCUGUUCAUUCACAAGAUCUGUGGAGCGAUGGCGGAGCAGGGGAAGUCCCUGGAUGAGGUCUACGCCACGGCUCAGCGCAUCACCCAAUGCACUGCUACUAUUGGCGUGAGUCUCUCUCCGUGUCACGUUCCCGGCCGUGGAGCGUCUUUUCAGCUGCCGGACGGCAUCAUGGAGCUUGGCCUUGGGAUCCACGGGGAGGCUGGCUUACAACGUACCAAGGUGGUUUCCGCCGACGAGACGGUGGCAAUGAUGGCCGAGCGGUUGUUCAAGCAGAACAUGUUUGCUGCAGGUGAUCACGUGGCACUCAUUGUCAACAACCUAGGCGGCUUGUCCAACCUGGAGUUGGGUGUUGUCAGCAAGGCAGCCAUAGAUCAUCUAGAGGGCGUUCGAAAGCUGCAUGUCGACAGAGUGGCGUGCGGUGCCCUGAUGACGUCCAUCAACAUGGCCGGUGUGUCGCUUAGCCUGCUGCGGCUGGACGACACACUGUCGGACGGACUAGGCUUCGAAGUUCGAGUUGCAUGCUGGCCAUCCACAGCAUUCCAAAAGCGCGUUGUGCAACCCCCGGUUGUUGUGAAACUGCACUGCACUGUGCAGGCAUCUACCACGUCUGAUCAUGGAGAAUAUGAUGAAGACGGCAAGAAGACAGACCUGUACUUUACGCAGUGCAUGCGUUCGGUGUGUGAGAAACUGCUCGACGCCGAGGAGGAACUCAAUGACCUGGACAGCGCGGCCGGUGAUGGAGACUGUGGCUCUACGUUCAAGCAAGGCGCUCUGGCCCUGCUGGAAAUGCUCGACUCCAACGCCGUCCCCGUGCAGCGACCACAUGAUGCUCUGGUGGUGAUUGCGGCAAAGCUGGAAGAGGUGAUGGGCGGCACAUCGGGAGCGCUCUACACCCUGAUGUUGGUGCGAGUCGCCCACAUACUGAAGCAGUCGGGCACUGGUGGAAUUGUGCGGACGUGCCGCGAGUGUGUAACUGGCAUGAUUGACGUAAUCAGCAGCUAUGGCGGAGCGAAACGUGGCGAUCGCACCAUGCUCGAUGCCCUCUGCGGCGCACAGGAUGUGCUGAACAAGGCUGACGACAGCGCUACCCAGUCCCAGCCCCGGUCGAGCAGUGACGCUGUUGAAGCUCUAACCCUGGCCGUGCAGGCAUCCCGUGCUGGCGCGGAGGCCACGGCGUCGAUGAAAGCCCGCGCGGGCCGUGCCAGCUACGUCAGCUCGGCGCACUGGACGCGACCCGAUGCCGGUGCCACGGCCGUAGCUAUCUGGAUGAGCGCGCUACUGGGAUCGCUGACCGAGCUGGCGAGCCAAACCCCUGCAGCGUGAUCCACAUAUAGUCAACACCUGACAUAACGGACACUAUUGUGCAAGAGAAUUAGUCACUUCAACUUCUUUAUAGCCAAAGUUCGUUGUAACCUAAGCACACUUACGUACUUACACUGUGGGUUCAAACUGGGACAUGGACAAAUUCAGGACAACAGUUCGCCACAUCACCAAAUAGUUACAAGAGAGAUUGAAAGCUGUGUCACAACUCUUGAGUUUCAUGUAUUACUACGGUCAUCAGGCAAGGUUGCCUGACGGUCGUAGUAAUACGUGAAACUCAGAGUUGUGACACAGCUUUCAAUCUCUCUUUCUCUCUCUUGUGUACAAGGCUCUGCCCGGCUACAUGGGUAUUGAGCACUCUUCGCCGUCUUCGGACAGUGAAGCACACCACUUGAUUACGUUCACCAAAAUUAAUAGUUAAGAUUUUGCUAUAUGCGAGUUCGACUGUAUAGUAAGUACGAUCCUCUGUACUUAGAGAUCUGCACUGGUACGACUUUGUGUUUUGAUACCAGCUGUGGAGUGGUGGCUGCUGGAAAAGAACCUGUACUGUACAUGGCCCAGUGCUGCUGCUGCUUAUCCUUGUUCAGAUUAUGAUACCACUUCAAAGUGAUGCGGCAACACCCAGCCUCUGGGGUAACCAGAAAUAAAUAAAUUACAAAAAAACAACAACAGCAACAACAACAACAACAACUCUUAUUGGCGGGCGAUGGUGCAAUCGUGAGAAUAAAGAAUUCAAACACAGCAACAAGUAAGCAGUACAGGUGAUCUGCUUGGCCAGGCUCGUUUGACUGGAAAUAACAUCCUUUGGUCCUACUUUAAAGUAGCUGUAGCGGGUAUCGCUCAUUGCCUAGUAGGAUUGCUUUACUUUGGAAUGCUCUGCCCUUCGAAAUGAAGUCUUGCAAUACGUCUUCUGCAUUUAACGCCCAUCUUGCCUGCCUUCUUAAUGACGGGCCACAAUGUACCCGGUUAAAACAGCUCCUUUUUGAAAAUGUUUUCGAUGAGUGAUGUGUCGCUUUGUUUUGCUCUAAUUGGUGCUUUUCUCCAAUGUCAUGCAGUCGUAUUUAUUCAGCUUUUAUUUCUUGUGUACUUGCAUACUGGUAUUAGUUUAGUCCCACAAUCUGCGAUAAAAUGAUCCGCUGUAGCACCUACUCCACUUUUAUGUUUAUGUAUCUAUGUCAUUCGGAUCUUCCCAA